CAUUUUGAUAUUUUCAUUCUUUCAUCAAAUUGUUUGAUUGGGUUUUUCAGAUGAAAGAAAAAAGAUGAGAGCUUUUGGGGUUUGGGUCAAGCGUUUGUCUUUACAUAUUGAUGUUUUAUGAAAUUUAAUUGUUUUUCGUGAUUUUGGUCGUCUUUGAAUGGCAAAAGCUGAGGAAUUUGGCAAGAAAGAAACCCAGAGAAACAUUACCAUGCAUCUGGGCAAUCUUCCAAGGGAUCUACUUCAAAGGUUCAUGUCAUCAAGCUACCAUUUUUCUCAUACAACUGGUCAAGAACAAGAAGCAGAAGAAGAAGAAGAAGAGAUUGAGUUAAGCUUGGGACUUUCGUUGAACGGUCGGUUUGGGGUUGACCCGAGAGCUAAAAAGCUCAAGAGAUCAUCUUCAAUACCAGAUUUCAUCAACAACCUCACGAGAAGAGAGAGUAAUGAACAUGGUGUGUUUCCCAAGGCUUGUGGUUCACUUAUGAGGACAUGUUCUUUGCCUACAGAGACAGAGGAGGAGUGGAGGAAGAGGAAGGAGUUGCAGAGUCUAAGGAGAAUGGAGGCUAUGAGAAAGAGAUCAGAGAAACAGAAGAAUUUGAGAGGUGUAAGGGAUAGAAGAAGAAGAGGGGGUUUUGAUGAAGAGAAUUGUGAAGAUAAGAGAGAAGAGGUGGUACCAUAGCGGCUUCAAUUGGAUCUCAAGGAAGUGGUUCCUCUGGGAUAUCUGAACUGAGAGCCAACCACCUCAAGAAACUCAAAGAUGCCCCUACGCAAGAAGCCCUACUAGUGUGCAAUUGACCACCGAGACUGAGCAGAACCAAUCAUAAACCCCG